CUACAGUUGCUAAAGUGAUUGACAAAUUUGAGGAUGAAACUGCAGAUGACAUUUUCCCUGUUGGUAAUAUACGGAAAAAAGCUUCAGCCUCUCUCUUGGAAGCUGAUAAAAGGUACAGUGGAAAAGCUACAUCUCGCAAAGCCCUGCAAAAAGAACUCUGGGGAGAUGCUCUGUCUGAAGAAGGAUCUGCUGAAGAAGCAUUAGAUGAAUGGUACAGUGAUGGGGAAGAUUCAGAAGACAAUGACAGCUUAGGCAGUAAAACGAAGCAGAAGCCCAGCAGUGCUGGCAGUGACCAGGAGGAUGACUCGGAAGACCAUGAAGAGACAGAUCCAUCUGUCAAGGCCAAGGCACCAAAGUUCAGUUUCCAGAAUAUCACAGACUUUGAGAAAUUUGCAGAGGGAAUGGAUGAUGUAGGAAGCAGUGAGGGGGAAGAUGAAGAUGAUGGCAGUGAGGGAGAAGAUGAAGACGAUGGCAGUGAGAGGGAAGAUAAUGGCAGUAUGGGGGAAGAUGAAGAUGAUGCCAGCAUGGAAGAAGGAAUUGAUGAGGAGGAGUAUGGGAGUGAAAACCAUGACAAUGUAAAGGACUCCAAAGACAGUGAAGAAGAUGGGGGGGUGAUGACGUUCUCAAAAGGACAAGACACUGAAGAAGUAGAAAAAGGAAAAGCUGUGAAGAACCAGCUAGCAAUUUGGGAUCAGAUAUUGGAAGGGAGAAUCAAGAUACAGAAGGCGCUCGUAACAGCCAACCGGCUUCCACAGCCAGAUACUUACCCAGUCUUCAGAAAGGAAGGUGGACAAGAAUUUGACAAUGCUGUCAAGAACUGUUGUAAAGCCCUGGAGGCAAUGCUGAAAGUGUUAGUGGACGUUCAGGAUGAGCUGCUUUAUCAAUACCCAGGCACGAGGCAUCUGGUAGAUGGGAAGCAAUCAAAAACUGAGAGUGAUGAUGAAAUCCCUAGCAGUACUGAUGAAGAGCAAGUGGAUAAGGCUCAGGAGAAGAGGAGGAGCCUGCCCAAGCGAAAGCUAAAGAUGGAUGACUACCCAGAAUUCAUAGCCAAGCGGUAUGCUGACUUCAGAACGUAUCGGAACAACACCUUGCAGAAGUGGUAUGAAAAGACAAAGCUGGCAUCUGGCAAAAUGGGGAAGGGUUUCGGUGCCUUUGAGCGUUCAAUCUUGACUCAGAUUGAUCAUAUUAUGAUGGACAAAGAGAGAUUGCUCCGGCGGACACAGACCAAGCGAUCAGUGUACACGGUGUUGGGAAAGCAGGAACAGGAAUCUCAGCCAGUCCCUGAAUCUUUGCCUGAAAAUUCGGAAGUCCUGCCUCAGUCAGAUUCCAACAGGCACCUGAAGGACAUAGAUGAGGAGAUAUUUGAUGAUGAUGACUUUUACCACCAGCUCCUUCGAGAAUAUAUAGAACGCAAAACCACUUCGUUGGACCCCAAUGACCAGGUAGCAAUGGGCAGGCAAUGGCUGGCCAUCCAGAAGUUACGAAGCAAAAUAAAGAAGAAAGUGGAUAGAAAAGCCAGUAAAGGAAGGAGAAUCCGGUAUCAUGUCCAUAGCAAGCUGGUGAGCUUCAUGGCACCUAUUGACCACUGUACAAUGAAUGAUGAUGCCAG